UGGACUCUCCCAAAGUCUUCGCUUUCAACAACACCCUCCUCCUCUUUUUACUCUCUCUCUCUCUCUCUCUCUCUCUCUCUCUCUCUCUCUCUCUCCCCCUCUCUCUUCCUAAUCUAUUCGCUUAUCCACUCCACAACACAAGGUAUGUUGUUACAAUCCCACUUCCCCAGCUUCAAAUUUCAAACCUUUUACUCUUCUCUUCAAUCAAAAUCCCAAAUUUUUUCUGGGUUGUUACUGUAAUUCUUGAAUGCAAUUGUGCUUACCUCCAGAGAUUUCAUCUGAUAGAUAUAGAUAUAAUUGUUCAGGUUACAAGUUUUGAUCUUGGGUGAGUGUAAAAAAAUUGGUGCUUUUCUUCUCUAUGUGUGAUUCACAUUGUGGGGAGACUUUUGGAUUAAAGGAGGAGCCUUUGUGAGGGAAGAGUAGUGUUUGUGUUUCUGAUUUGUGUGUUAGUUUGGGGUUUUGUUGGAAAAAGCAUUGAGAUGGGUUCUCUUUGCUGCUGUCCGUGUGGCGAUGAAUUUGAAGAGUAUUCUCUUCCGAGCAAUCCAGUAUACAGGCAUUGCGCGUGCCUCAGAUACUUCUUCCACCAGCUAUUCAGUGGGUAUAGUGCACCGUUUCAAAGGCUUGAUGGGCGAUCAGUUCCAUCACCUAACCAAGGGGUUAUUUCUUCUGUCCCGACUGGAACCGGCACAACAGUAGCUAAUAACCCCUCAAAUGAUACUCAGUUCUCAGUGGCCAGGCCAUCACCCUUUGAUGCCGAUCAAAGGUACUCACGUUUGCAGCGUGACGGUUUAAUCUCUAGGCGUGAGAAAUCAAUGACACAUUUGCAAGAAGAUGUGCAACAAGUGAGAAGAAGCAGUUCUGGAACAGAAUCCCUGGGAUCGGCGAAGAAACGGAAUGGAGUUGAGACUGAAGAAGAUUGUAAGAUAGGGCAAUCAGAGACCUCAGAAAAGGAUCUAGCAUCAAAAGUCGCAUAUGGGCUAACUUAUGUGGUGCCUUCUUCUGAAGAUGAUGAUGUGUGCCCUACAUGUCUUGAUGAAUAUACCACUGAAAAUCCUAAAAUCACAACAAGAUGUUCGCACCAUUUCCACCUUGGCUGUAUUUAUGAGUGGUUGGAAAGAAGUGAAAGUUGUCCAAUUUGUGGGAAGGAGAUGUUGUUCUGUGAAAGCCCCUAACUUUUAAUAUCUGAGUUCAAAGUAAUAGAGCAAAUACAUAUGGAGCGGCUAUGAGUUUCUGUAAAUAAAAAAGUCGUGCUGUUUAUAAGGUUUGCAGAGAUGGAACCAAUUGUUAUUUGUGCCACUAAUUUGUAAUAUUUUGUUGUGUUUCUUCAGGCUUUCAUGUCUGCAUGCCCCAUUACGUGUAUAGAACUCCAGAUCAGUGUGGCACCAUAUUCAGUU